GCCGCGCUCUGCCCAGGGCGGUGGCUUCGCCGGGCCCCGCAAAGCUCCUCUCCUCCGGCCGCUCCCCCUUUCCCUCCUAUUUGCGUCAUGUGGGGCACUUGAUUUUUUUCCCCCUCUUUAAAAAAAAAUUCCUCUUUUAGCCCUUUCCACCUUCCACCUCCCCCUUCGUCUCCUCAGGUUGAUUUUUCCCCCCCUCUUCUCUGGGCUUGCUCAUGAGCCUCCUCGGGAGCUACCGGAAAAAGACCAGCAACGAUGGUUAUGAAUCCUUGCAGCUGGUGGACAGUAACGGGGACCUAAGUGCGGGGAGCGGCGGGGGAGGCGGCAAACAGAGAGUGAACGCCGGGGCAGCAGCGGCGCGGAGUCCCGCCCGACAGCCUCAGGACCGCGCCAGCACCAUGGACAGCUCAGGUGCCUCGUCUCCAGACAUGGAGCCCAGCUAUGGCGGAGGUCUUUUUGACAUGGUGAAAGGAGGGGCAGGGAGGCUCUUUAGCAACCUAAAGGACAACUUGAAAGACACUCUCAAAGACACGUCUUCCAGAGUUAUACAAUCUGUUACCAGCUACACGAAGGGAGAUUUAGACUUCACUUAUGUUACCUCCAGAAUUAUUGUGAUGUCGUUUCCUCUGGACAGUGUUGACAUAGGAUUCAGGAAUCAGGUUGACGAUAUUCGAAGCUUUCUGGAUUCCAGACAUCUUGACCACUACACGGUGUACAAUCUGUCGCCCAAGUCUUAUCGAACUGCCAAGUUUCACAGCAGGGUCUCAGAAUGCAGUUGGCCCAUCAGGCAGGCCCCCAGCCUGCACAACCUCUUUGCUGUGUGUCGGAAUAUGUAUAACUGGCUACUGCAGAAUCCCAAAAACGUCUGUGUUGUCCACUGCUUGGAUGGACGGGCAGCAUCAUCGAUUCUGGUUGGUGCUAUGUUCAUUUUCUGUAAUCUCUACUCUACUCCUGGCCCAGCCGUUCGAUUGCUCUAUGCAAAGCGACCAGGAAUUGGACUUUCACCAUCCCACAGGAGGUACCUGGGCUACAUGUGUGACCUCCUAGCAGACAAACCCUACCGCCCUCACUUCAAGCCUCUCACAAUUAAGUCGAUCACUGUCAGUCCAGUUCCUUUUUUCAACAAACAAAGAAAUGGAUGUCGCCCUUACUGUGAUGUACUGAUUGGAGAAACCAAAAUAUAUACAACCUGUGCAGAUUUUGAACGAAUGAAGGAAUACCGUGUCCAAGAUGGAAAAAUCUUCAUUCCUUUGAGCAUCACUGUGCAAGGAGAUGUGGUUGUUUCCAUGUAUCACUUGAGGUCAACAAUUGGAAGCCGGCUACAGGCUAAGGUGACCAACACUCAAAUAUUUCAGCUUCAGUUUCAUACUGGAUUCAUUCCACUGGACACAACAGUUUUAAAGUUCACCAAGCCUGAGUUGGAUGCAUGUGAUGUACCAGAAAAAUAUCCUCAGCUAUUUCAGGUAACUCUGGAUGUAGAACUACAGCCACACGACAAAGUGAUGGAGCUAACCCCACCAUGGGAACAUUACUGCACAAAAGAUGUCAACCCCAGCAUCCUCUUCUCUUCUCACCAGGAGCAUCAAGAUACUCUGGUCUUAGGAGGACAGGCUCCAAUAGAUAUCCCUCCAGAUAAUCCUAGACAUUUUGGGCAAGGUGGCUUCUUUUCCACUCUCUGCUGGCAAGAUCAGAAAUCAGAGAAGUCAUUCUGCGAGGAGGACCACGCCGCCCUAGUGAAUCAGGAGAGUGAGCAGUCAGAUGAUGAACUUCUGACGCUGUCCAGCCCACAUGGCAAUGCCAAUGGUGACAAACCUCACGCAGCCAGAAAGCCCAGCAAAAAGCAGCAGGAGCCAGCUGCCCCUGCACCCCCUGAGGAUGUGGAUCUUCUGGGUCUAGAAGGGUCUGCAGUGAGUAAGAACUUCUCUUCGCCGGCGGCUCCUCCCUCCAAUUCCGAACUUCUGAGUGACCUGUUUGGAGGCGGAGGUGCAGCCGGUCCCGUCCAGUCUGGACAGUCAGGGGUGGAUGAUGUGUUUCACCCGAGUGGACCUGCAUCCACCCAGUCCACACCACGCCGAUCUGCCACCUCCACCUCUGCAUCGCCAACACUGAGAGCAGGAGAAGGUGCCACCUUUGACCCAUUUGGAGCACCUUCUAAACCAUCAGGUCAAGAUUUGCUGGGUUCUUUUUUGAACACAGCCAGUGCUUCCAGUGACCCCUUUCUUCAGCCUACGAGGAGUCCUUCUCCUACAGUGCAUGCUUCUAGUACCCCUGCUGUGAACAUUCAGCCAGAUGUUUCAGGAGGCUGGGACUGGCAUACCAAACCAGGAGGUUUUGGAAUGGGAAGCAAAUCAGCUGCCACCAGCCCAACAGGCUCCUCGCAUGGUACUCCCACCCAUCAAAACAAACCCCAGACUCUGGACCCUUUUGCUGACCUUGGCACAUUAGGUGGUUCUUCAUUUGCCAGCAAACCUUCCACACCAACUGGAUUGGGUGGUGGAUUUCCACCUCUCAGCUCGCCACAGAAAGCAUCUCCCCAGCCCAUGGGUGGGGGGUGGCAGCAGGGAGGGGGCUACAACUGGCAGCAGACACAGUCCAAGCCACAGUCCAGCAUGCCCCACUCCUCUCCCCAGAACCGGCCCAACUACAACGUGAGCUUCUCAUCCAUGCCUGGGGGCCAGAACGAACGUGGGAAAGCAGCAGCUAAUUUGGAGGGGAAACAAAAAGCAGCUGACUUUGAAGACCUGCUCUCUGGUCAAGGUUUUAAUGCUCACAAGGACAAAAAGGGACCUCGAACAAUAGCUGAGAUGAGAAAGGAGGAAAUGGCUAAGGAGAUGGAUCCUGAGAAAUUAAAGAUUCUAGAAUGGAUUGAAGGCAAAGAGAGGAAUAUCAGAGCCCUUCUGUCCACAAUGCACACUGUGCUGUGGGCUGGGGAGACUAAGUGGAAGCCAGUUGGCAUGGCAGACCUGGUCACCCCGGAGCAGGUGAAGAAGGUGUACAGGAAGGCCGUGCUAGUGGUGCACCCGGAUAAAGCUACUGGGCAACCCUAUGAACAAUAUGCAAAGAUGAUUUUCAUGGAGCUCAAUGAUGCCUGGUCAGAAUUUGAAAAUCAAGGCCAAAAGCCCUUGUAUUAACUUAUGAGCUUUUCCAUUUCUGCUGCAGACCCGUGCUAAUGCUUAGUGUGUGUCACAGUUCUGAGGUUUUUGCAGGUGAACCAAAAACUCCAGCAAUGUGUAUCCAGUACUUAACUGUUAAGUUACUUGUGAAUUAAUUCCUCUUUAAUAAGGAAUGUGGAUGUUUGUUUCCUCAAGUCCCCACCAUAAAAAGUCCAAAACAGGAAAGGAACUUUUAGUCAGAUGACCUUGCAGAGUUUUUUUUACAACAUUCCAGCCUGCCCUGUGGGGAGCCUACUCAGCAAUUUGUGGGGAAAUUGAAAAUACAGUCUACCAAGGGCAUAGCACCCAUCUCAUUGUCUGAGGAUAGGAUAAUGAGCCAAAGUUAUAAUAAUAGGAUUACACGACGGAUUUUAACUAACAGUUUUGAGAUUUUCUUGGAAAGAUAAAAUUUGAGCCAUGGCUUUACGUAAACUUCAGGAACAUGACCAUUAAGUUUUUUGUUUUUUUCUUUUUUAAAAGAAAUUUACUAUGGUCUAUAGUAUAAUACCGUACGCUUCUUUUGGUCAAGAGAACUAACAGAACCUGAACUGUGGGAAGUAAUUAUAUUAUAAUCCAGUGAUUACUACCAACACUUCCUUCCUGGAUAAGCUAAAAUUUAGUGAAAAUGCUGACUGAAGAAAAAUAGGGACGCUAAAGCGGUAGAAAUCUGUAUUCCUGGUCAGAGAGCUGGGCUACUAUCUUCUUUUCCCUUUAGAAAGAUGUGGUAGCUUGAAGAAUGUCUUAAUGCCAUAACAACAACCUGAUUUGAUGAAACUUCUAAUUUUUGCUGUAAGGCUUAAUGCUCCUCCUUUUGCUUAGCAGAGAAAAUGCUCUUAGCUGGGAACAGAUGGUAAGACAGUUUGGCGUGUACACAGUUGAUCAGGAAGACUGUCUAGUAUGGAUCCCCUGUCCUCCAGGUUUGUGAUUGGCUGUGGGAAGGAAAUCGAUGACCACAGUGACAGGGGCAAUCGCAGCGAGAGACAGAGAGAGGCCACUUCAGAUCAAGUCACAUGGCCCAUCAAGGCUGCUUCUUUGAGGAACCAGGUUCCUCUUCCCACCUGAUGAAAUAGGACCUCUUGGAUUCUUACAGUGUGGUUUAUUAUUCUAAAAGUCGUUGGGGGUCCACAGGAAUAACAGUUGCACAGGAACGUCUGUGAAAGUAAAGCAGGAGUGAAACCUUGGCAGACUUCAGACUGGUUGGAUCUCAGUUCAGUGUUUUGGCUGUCUCUCACUUUGAGGGGCGAGUGGUUGUUUCCCAUGACUUUGGUAGAUCUCUCUGGGUGUGCAGGUACACAGUGUGCAGAGGAUAUUCAUACAGAGCAGAUGGGCAGAAAGAUCUUGAUCUAAUCUUAAAAGGUUUGUGCUCAGUAUUGUGAAAAGCUUUCAAAAAUUGUUUUUAAAAGACAAUCCUUUUUUGUUGUUUCCUUCUGUUUUUCAUUUUCUUGUGGCAAACUGUACUGGAAAAGCAGCAUGUCAAAAAUACUUUAUGUUCUAUAUACAACUCUCUUCUUUCUUUCUCUCUUUCUUCCUUUCUUUCCUUCGUUCUUUUUUUGUUGUUGUUAUAAAGGUUCAUUAUUUAUUUUACCUUUUGCUGACAAUGUGAAACUCGCCUCAAAUAUUCUCUUUUUAAAUAUACAGCUGUAAACUGUUCAAAGUAACCAUAAAAAACUAGGUGUUAUUUAUUAACAUAUUAUAAAAUAAUGUUUGCAGUAUGUGCUUGUCUUAUUUAAAAUUGGAAUGUGAGACAUGUUGCUGUGACUUUUUUUCUCAUUCACAUCUGUAGAUAUUGUGUGAACUACAGUAUAUAAUAAUAAUUAAAAGGAUACUAUGUGAAUGUCACGUACAUUUUGAAAUGAUAGAACUAUAUUAGCUUGGUAUCAUGUUGGAUAAUUCAUCCAUGUUCACAGUUUAAAACAUCAUUAAACAUUAUGUAAUUAGCACUGAGAAAGAAUCUUAUCUAACUUAAAUUUGGGAUGCUCCCUAUCUCUUUUCCAGAUACAUUAUAAUUCUGGACCCCUAUUUAUCUCAAAACACUUAACAUAUGCAGACCAACAGGUUUUCGCAUUCCUUUUAAAUAUCUGGUUGUGACAAAGCUCGUUGUUGAUCGGAUUCACUGUUUCAUUCAUAUUUAUUGUAAUAUAUUUUUUUGUUUUGUAAAUAUGUUACAGUCAACAAAAUGUGAUUGGUCUAAAAUAUUUGUAAUGUAUAUUAAAAGGCUCAAAAAUA